AACGUGAUGAUCCUUUUAUUUUGAAUACGGAUUCCUGUUACAUCCGGUGUUCCUCACACUAAGUCUGACCAGCCUAAAUACUGUAUUAUAGCAUCAUCCAAACACUAGCUUUCUGAGUAGCUUUUAGCUAGCUAAAGUAUCCUCAAGCUAAUCUAAACUAAUCUAUGAGUCGCAAAAAGACCUACACUUUCAGUGAAACGAGCCUGUCUCCUGAACUCCACGGCGCCUUCAUGGAGCCUCCCGGUUCAGCGAGCCGAGCCGAGGGCGAUUUUCUGGAGCUGGAACCCGACGAGGAGCUGCUCUGCACGGUCAGCGACAUCACCGAGCAUCUCGGCAGAAAUAUAACUGUGGUACUUGAGACAGCGCUGUCUGAGAUCCGCAAGAUGGUCAGCAUCAGAAUACGAGUCCUGAAAAUGGAGCUACGCGAGAAGAGUGAAGAAAUCGAAAUGUUAAAGGCCAAACUGGAUACAGCGCAGAGGGAUGGUAGAGACCCUUUCCCCGGCGUUACGACCACGGAGGCAUCUAUAGAGACUGGCUACAAAAAACCGGACUUCAGCCCUGGAACCAAGCACAACAACGCCGAUCCGAGGAGAGCCAAAGCUGUCAUGCCUGGUGUGAAAAAGGAGAAUAUAGAUGCUAUUUGUGACUAUCUAAUGAAAGACAAGAACUCGAAAGGUUGUGCUGAAAUGGAGGGAGACCAAGCCAGCGGCGACAGGGAGGCUCGCCAGGAGCAGGACGCGCACUCCCUCAACCUGUGGCCGGACAGCGGGAUGGCUGGCUCCAGGCCUGGGCACGGAGACUCCGAGUCCACCACAGAUGACAUCUUCAGCAUGCUUCCUUCUGGCAGCAAACGGAUGUAUGACUACGAAUGGAUAGCACCAAUGGAGUAUUCCUCAGAGCUGAAAGUCAUGAAGGAGCCUGAGGGUGAGAACACCCCAACCAGCGAGACGGAGGAUGACAAUAAACACGAGUCGUCGAGGAGGGAGGAGGGUGAUCUUGACCAGGCCCAGGUUCCGCUCCCACACACCCAUCCCCCUGAUUUCUCUAUGGAGCCCCAGAGCUCUCCGGGGGAGGGAGGGAGUCCGUUGGAGGGCAGCACAGACAGGCCCGAGGCAGGUCAGCAGUUCCUGAGUCACACCUACAUCUGCUCUUUGUGUGGAACUUUCUGCCCUGAUUCUGUUUUCCUGGAGGAGCAUAUUAAAGUGAUACAUUCAGGUUCCGCUGGUGUCCAGGCACUGCAGACCCUGCAGUCAACCUCCUCCACUUCACCCACCAUGGGGGAUGGCAGUAGUAACUCCAGGAGAGGUGGAGGAGGUCAAAAUGAGGAUGGCACAGGACCAGGGACUGGCGUCAGUAUCGGUCGGGGAGGGCGGCCUGUGAAAAAAGAGAUUAAAAUCGAAGGAGGGUAUGAGUGUGGGGACUGUGGACGGCAUUUUAAUUACCUCGGAAACUUGCGGCAGCACCAGCGUAUCCACACUGGAGAGAAACCUUUCAUGUGUCCAGAGUGUGGAGAGAGGUUUCGCCAUGCAGCCCGGUUAAAGAGCCACAGGCUGGUGCACAGUGGAGCCCAGAGCCCCUUCCCCUGCCCCCAGUGUGGCAAAGGUUUCUCAGUACUGUCUGGACUCAAGAGACAUCAACGGGUGCACACCGGCGAGAGCCCGUAUGCCUGUCCUCAGUGUGGCCGGCGCUUCAAAGAGCUGGGGAACCUGUACACUCACCAGAGAAUCCACAGCGGGGCCACGCCUUACUGCUGCCAGCAGUGUGGGCGCAGCUUCCGCCACCUGGGAACAUACAAGAGCCACCGCUGCACCCCAGCACAAUAACCAGCCCAGCUGCUCACUGACAACUGAUCACAUGAAAUUUAAAAUGCAUGUCAAAGACAAUAUAUGGUGCUGACUCUGAGGUGUGUGUCUGCAUUGUGCGACUGUCUGCUGUCACUGUGGGAGGUGCUGGUCAGGUGGAGAACAGGGCUGGAUUUUUGAGAUGCUGGCUGGGCUUUUAUUUUAUGCUACAUUCAUGGCAUUUCUGCUUAGGCAUCAAUAAACACUGUGUCUUUAAGUACAAAAGUGGUUCUAGCACAACAAACUCCUGUUAAGACAUAAUGAAGUAAGUUACAUUCGUGAGGGUAUUUUGAACAAUGGCAAAAGCCAAAACAGGACAGCUCGGUGAAAUACAACAAUGAAUCCGUUUGAAAAGAUGUAGGUAUGCAUUAUUAUUCCGUUUACUGAGUUCCACCUUGAUCUGCUGAGCCUCAAGUAUGCCUUACUCUGUGGAGAUGGGUGGAUAUUAACAGUAGUAGCGUAACACCAUCACCCACAUAUGGACCAUGUGUGUAACUGCAGAAAAAGAAGAUCUGGGUCAUACAGUAUUACUGAUAGUCCUUCAUCAAGAUAUGUUUUUUUUGCUAUGUGUAGAGCAGAACGCUGAUCAUGUAACCAGUGUUAUCUACAACCAUGGCCAAAAAUACUGGCACUCCUGCAUUUUUAUCAGAUAACGCACCGCUUCUCCAAGAAAACUGUUGCUAAGUCUUUGGUAUUCUCAUGUUUAUUUCUUUUGUUUGCACUAGAACAGAAAAAGCGGAUUCUGAUC